UCCGAGCGGAGAGGCAGGCGGACAAGUUGAGGACAACAAGACGCAGUUCAUUCAUUAUAACGCCUGCUUCAUGGAGCCAGCAGCAGCAGCCCUCCUGCACAGAGGACACACAGUUGUUCCACUUUCCUCCCCGUGUCUGUGAACUUUCCCCGGCUGUAAACACCAUGGAGCCGCUGUGGACGGACACCGGCGCUCCGGUACGGCAUGCAAAUACGUACUCUGACGUCGGCGAUCAUGUGGCUUUUGGCGUAGAUCCUCCUUGUGAUCGCCAGUUUUCUCUUUCCUGUCGCCUGUUGUCUGCUCGCUUAUUGGAGCGCGUUUAAAACCUGAUCGCUUGCUUUAGCAGUCUCGUUGGGAUCGUACCGCACUACCGGAGCAUCGCGCCAAAACCGGUGGGCAGGCGGAACGUUCCCCUGGUGAUGCCUCCUCUUCCUCCUCCUCCUCCCCCCCACACACAGAGAGAGACAGACUUACUGCAGGCAGACAGACAGAUAGACGCGCACAGUGCUGUGUAUGUAGCAGAGACUUAUAACUGGAUGUCCUGCCAGUGCGGUAGCAUCCUGUCAUGAAGUUCCAGGAGGUCGGCCAGCACUGGAGCUGACACCGUCAGCGAGCUCGACCUACACUACACAUCUCUACUGGACCUUCAGCUCCCACUGCCCUCCUCUCACUCCAGCCACUAAUCCCACCCUUGGGGAAGACUGUUUCUUCAGACUCCUCGGCUGCUCACUCCCAUCCCAGAAACUGUCGUGUGCUCGCUACCUCUGCUCAUAUAAAAGAAAGCCCAGGCCUGCAUCUGGGUCCCAGUAGAAGCCGGGCCUCCUGGCUAUUCUUCGGCACCUGAGACUGUUUAUCCACCCACCACUCUGUGAUAGCAGUCCUGCAUUCUGCACCCUGGGCACCUCAGCCUCCUUGAUAUCAUCGCUGGCCAAGCACAGGCACCAAGUGAGGGCAGCUGUGCACCCAGACAACCCCAGGAUCCAUCAUCAUGUCCAGUCGACGGAAGUCCUCCACUCCCUUAAUGAUCCGACCGGAGCAGACCAUGGUGGAGCUGGAUGAUGACGCAGAGGACGACAUGGAGACAACAACGGAGAACCAUACCGCGGAGGGGCCCGUGGAAAUGGAUCUCUCAACAGAGGCAGAGCCUUCCGUGGCCUCGGACCCUCCCGCGGCUCCAGACAAACCAGCCACCGAGCCGCCGGACCUGUCCAAGCCUCAGCGUCGACAGCAGGGGGGCUACGAGUGUAAAUACUGCCCCUUCUCCACACAGAACCUCAACACGUUCAAAGAGCACGUCGACGCCAACCACCCCAACGUCAUCCUCAACCCCCUGUACCUGUGCGCCGUCUGUAACUUCAACACAAAGAAGUUCGACACCCUGACGGAACACAACGAGAGGUGUCACCCGGGGGAGAGCAACUUUAAAUUCAAACGCAUCAAAAUGAACAAUCAGACAAUCUUAGAACAGACGAUAGAGGGCUGCAGUAACAACGCAGUCAUUUACAACACUUCCGGUGCCAUUUGUGGCAAAGGGGACGAACUGGGCACUGUGCCACUCAGCAAACCCACCACGGUCAAGAUCGGGAAACCAAAAAUAAUGUCGUUGGAUAAUAAACGGACAGAUUUGACCAAGAAACCGAUCACGGCGGUCAACGUGAACGGGACGGUCAUCAUCCCUGAGUCGACUCUACUCAAAGCAGAAGGCCUUUCUCACAUCAUGCCUUCCCUACAGCGGCCUCUAAACUAUACUCAGGUGCCGAAGAUCGCAGUGCCCCUCAACACAACCAAAUACAACCCUUCGCUGGACGACAACCUGACGCUCAUCUCAUCCUUCAACAAGUUCCCCUACCCGACGCAGGCCGAGCUCUCCUGGCUCACCGCCGCCUCCAAACAUCCAGAGGAGCAAAUCAAAGUGUGGUUCACCACACAGAGGCUCAAACAGGGCAUCAGCUGGUCGCCUGAGGAGGUGGAAGAAGCCAGGAAGAAAAUGUUCAACGGCACCAUCUCCUCUGUGCCUCACACCUUCACCGUUGUAACUCCUCAGCUCAGCUCCCAAACAUCCAACAUGUCUGCCGCUGCAGCCUCCAAAGCCAUGCAGUCGGCAGCCUCUGUCCUGCAGCACCUCCCCUGUCAGCUCCUGGGACAGACCAGCCUGGUGCUGACUCCCGUAGCCAACGGCACCACUGUCACAUGUGCACCGCUGGCCCUCACCGUGGCUACCCAGGUGGCGCAGUCGCUCAAACGACCCCUGGCCUCCCCGAUGAUCGCCACGGAGAGUAAACGACCCUCCAUCAUUCAAACCAUCUCGGCGCCAUUGGUCACGUCCAAGCUGGCGUCACCCAAAGUUCUGAGUUUUACAGUCGACCCCAACAAAACAGCGGAGCAGCUAUCGGUACUGAGGUCCAGCUACACACAGUGUCCUUUCCCCGAGGAAGAUGAGAUCUACAGGCUGAUAGAGACCACUGGGCUGUCCAGAGGAGAGAUAAAGAAGUGGUUCAGUGAACAAAGGCUCCUUAAUCUCAAAGGCGUUCCUCCUCCUCCGGUGCUGGUGAAAGCAGAGGUGACACCAGCACCCAAAGACAGUCCAGUAAAGAAAGCGGUCCCCAGCCAGUUUCCUCUGCUGGAGAGGGUGAAGGGGAAGUCAUCGGAACAGCUGAAGGCGCUGGAGGAGAGUUUUCAGAGAAGCGGCACACCGACCGAGGCAGAGCUAGACCAGCUGGCCCAGGAGACCAGGCUGUCCAAGACGGAGGUGGACUGCUGGUUUUCAGAGCGCCGGGCACUGAGGGACAACAUGGAGAAGGCUUUACUGUCCAUGUCCUCGAAGAACACGGAGGAGAGAGCGGAGCGUCUGGGAGCGCUGCUGAACGGGGCGUCGCAUCGAGAGCAGGGCGGGAAACCUCUACGCUCCUCUCCUCAUCCACCUGUCCUCUCCUCUUCCUCCUCCUCCUCUUCCUCCUCAUCCUCCCCUCCUGUGCUCGCAGCCUCCUCCCCUCAUCCACCAAACCUCUCCUCCUCGGCGUCACCUCCCAUCCUCACUUCAUCCUCCUCCUCUUCUCCUCAUCCUCCCGUCCUGUCGGCCUCCACGAGCCCGGCUCCCAUCACCGGCCGCUCCCUCAGCCUGCUCCGAGAGAUGUUCUGUCGGACUCAGUGGCCGUCUCCUGAGGAGUACAGCCAGCUGGAGGUCCAGACAAGCCUCGGACGCACCGACAUUGUCCGCUGGUUCAAGGACCACCGCUCGGCGCUGAAGAACGGCGAAACUCUGGACUGGAUGGAAAGUUUCCAAAACCAAAACGUGGUGGAGGAACAGGGAGCUGGCCAGGAACAGAAAGUGGGCCAGGAACAGAACGGCCAGAGCUCUGAGAAAACCAAGAGUGUUUCCUUGGAAGUCGAGCCUGUGAAAGCCGCUGGUGCAGUGGAGGAGGAGGAGGCUGGUGAGAACACAGCAGCUGCUACAGAGCACUCAGAGCUGUCCGACCAAGACAAAGUCCAGUGGUUGACUGACAGAUUAGCCCACAGUGUGACGGACCUGAGCCGGACCAGACCGGACCAGACCAGCUCUGGCACUGCUGACAAAGGGAGGUGGGUAAAGGUGACUGUAGCCGUCGGGGAGGAGAGCGAAGCAGGAUUGGAGAGACAGAGGCUGGCAACAGACACUGAAGUUCUGACCUUGGAGCAACCCGGGAGGGUCACUGGUUGAUAGUCGAGUAAAUCAUCGACUGCUGAGUCACCGUCCAUCGUGCGACGACUCAAGAUGACCGAAUGUGGAACCAGUGAUGUAAUCUGUCUGCCUGUGAUGUCAUCACAAAGCGCCGGGGACUUUGGAGUUCCCCUGUUAAAGCACUGACUGACAUGUGGUGCAGAUGCUGACAUUAAGAGGAGUGCCAAAGCUGGACUUGAUGCAUUGUUCUUACUACUACUACACUUUUUUUUUUUUUUUUUUUUUUUUUUUUUAAAAGAAGCACCCUUGUAAAUAUUUUUCUGUAUUACAAAAAAACAGUUUGUACAGUUUUACUGGGAGGGCAAGUUUUGUUACAUUUUUUAAACAAAAGUCACAACUUGUGCCCCGAAACCUGGAAUGUUUUUUUUGUUGUUGUUUAAAGAUCAAACUGUAUGAUAGUGUGUUAUUCGCUGAAAAUCUGUCCUAAUUUUUUUUUUAAAUCAUACCUGCGUGCUACUCAUUAUGAGUAGUCUUUGAUGGCACUUGCAUACAUCCCCUGUGGUAGUGAUAGAUAUUUACAUGCUAGGCCACUUCAUCUCAAACUGGUGGGAAACUUUAACCUUUUCUCCUGCAGCGUCACCUUGACUCCGAGUUACGCAGAUGAAGGUGGAAACCACUCAUAAGUGCUCGAGGGGCAGGAAGAAGGAGUGACAGUGUUUCGGGCAAUCUGAACACACAACAUGAUAUAGGAGUGAUUAAUCACAUGGAGAGGAGAGAGUGGAGUGUCUGUUUGAUCGCACCGUGCUGCCUUUUUCUGCUCUUAUCUGACAUUCGCUGUCUGCCUCAGAACUGGUACAGAUGAGAUGGCGACGACGAUUUCCGUUUAUCAUUUCUUUGUUUGAAAAACUUGAAAUAUUCUUGACUGAACUUGCCAUGAACAUUUUGGUGAAAAAGCAUUUCACGCAUGAUAAAACAACUGAAGCUCCUGCGAUCUGUGAACACACACCCCUUGGCUUCUCGCUAAUCUUUCUGGCUCGAGGAAGGUCCUUCUGUUCAAAGCUGGAUUGGAUUUAGUUGAUGUCUGUACAGUCGGUCCAGAACACCUGAAACGGUGGUUCAUGAGUUAUGAUCAGACCUGCGCUGAUUUUCUGAAGAACUGCAACAAAGCUUCGGCAUAUCACAACAGCCAAAGCCGUCAGAAACUUUUGCAUGUGCUUCAAACUAUUUUCAUUUUUAACAAACUCAUUUUCCAAAAUGAUUUAAAGGGAUAUCUGUGAUUUAUGGGUCAAAUUGCAAAAGCUUGCAAUAUUUGUGCAGCAAAAAAAAAAAAAAGAGUUGAGUUGAACUGUCAUUUAAUCCUGGUUUGAACAGCAGGUGUAUGGCUGUUUGCUGGCUGAAUGUCUGUUGCUGCUGCCGCUGCUGCUGCUUUAGUUUCAUGUUCAGACAAGUAUCUGGGAUACUGUGUGUACAUUUGGUUGGCUAGAAUGGAAAACCGCUUUUCAUUUUCUACUUUAAGUCUGCUGUAACUCAAUAAAUACACAACCAACUGUAAAA